AUGAAGUCUCUUCCCGACCAUAGCUCCCUGCUUUCCCUUCUGCAAACCUGCCGCUCGCUAUCCGACAUCUUCGACUACGCCGGGCCACAGAUCCUUCAGGCCAUCUUGUCUCAGCUCUUUCACCCCAGAACUAUUCCAGAAGCACUGACCGUCAGAUCAAAAAUCUUCUUCAAUAGUCGGCGGCGUCGGAAAGGCCAGCUCGCUUCGGGCUCUUGUAAAGACCACGAAGAUAUCAUAUACUACCGAGCAGUUGCCGCGACGUCUUCUUCCUCCGUCUUCUCACCUCUAUUGGCAGCGCCAAACCUAGUCGGACCACCAGCUCAACGAUGGAUCACAACAGCGCAUUGA